ACAUGUGUUGUUUUGUGGAUUGUGGUUGUAUUAAAGAUCGGAGACUUUGUGAUAAAACUAUAGGAGAACAAGACACAUACUUUCCUGAUGAUACUUACAGAAAUAAGUCUAAAAGAAACACAACUCGUCAAAGAGAUGUGAUAAAGAAUGCAAGCACUUCAGAACGCAACCAACAUUCAGCUUCGCAGACAACCCAAGGAAAUGGAUAUAGUUUUGAGUAUACAUCUGUUCUUCGAAAAUCUACAAAACAUGUUGUGUUGCAUAUGGAUCCACGGUUGGUUUUGGAUGAAUUUACAACAUGUGGUUUUCUGACGAAUAUAGAAAUUCGAGACAUUGAGGAGCUACAACUCACGUCAGAGAAAAAUAGAGCUAUCCUGCGUAAGGUGAUGACAAAAGGUGUCAAUGGAUAUAACAAAUUUAAAAGUGCAUUGAAGGAAUCUAAUCAAACACAUCUUCUCGAUCUUUUAUUGAGAGAAGAGCUUUCGUAAAUAAAAUGUUACAUACAUGUUUCAAACCUAUGAAGUGAAGUGACACCACGAUAUUGAAGCACAAUGCGCACAUGUUUCAUUAGCUUAAAAAUAAAUUUGUAUUCUGUAUUCUACCUUAUAACUGAGAAACAAUUUAUGUAUGUUUUCAUGGUCUUCCCUUCAAACAUGAGAAAACGUUCUCAACCAAUGCAUGAUAUGUAUUGAAGUAACUGUAUGCUACUAUUGGAAGGUUUAAACAUUUGUUUUGACUUAUGUGACACGAAUGUACAAUAGGUUCAAUACACGGAAUACUAGGUACUACAUAAAUUGUCAGAAAUACAGUUUUUGCAAUUACAAUAAUUAAAGCUAAGAACACUUUUUAUGGACUUUUGGGCUGUUUUAUUACGAUUCAUGAACAGAACAGAGACGUUUAGUCAGCGAUAUUAAAAAUAUCUUAUACAAAUAUUGUAAAAGUACCAUUGAAAUUCAAAAAGGCUGUUGUUCUAUCUGGGUGAAUUUAUUAUUGUACUUAUUUCAAACAUAUCUGUUUUUUGAUUUUUAAAAUAAAUUUAAACUAACCUUUUUGUUACAGUUUUGAUUUACUUUAUUAUAACCCAAAGGAUCAGAAGAGAUCGAACGAACGUGUUCUGCAAAACAUACUGUCGGUCGCUUUGCAUUUAAAAUA